AUAAUUCAAUGUUAGAAAAACACUGCAGAAGAUCUUCCCCAGAGUGCAACUAUGCCAUCCUCCAUGUUCAUAAUCCUCAUACCAAUUAUACUCUUCUUCUUUUUCUUUAAUCCAUUAUUUGUUGAAGCACAAAGUGGGCAUCUUCCCCCAGAUGAAUUAAAUGCAUUGAAGGAAAUAGGUGAUCAACUGGGGAAGAAGGACUGGGAUUUUAGACUAAAUCCUUGUGACAAAAACAACUCUAACUGGAUGACACCAGAUAGGGAGGAUAUGCCUCUAUACACUAAUACUCUCACUUGCAAUUGUAGUUUCCCGGGUGGUAUUUGCCAUGUCCAAAGCAUAGUUUUGAGAGCACAGGAUCUGCAAGGUGUUCUUCCUCUUGCCUUGGUGAAGUUACCCUUUCUCAAGAUAAUCGAUUUCACCCGCAACUACUUGAGUGGUACAAUUCCCCCUGAAUGGGCUUCUGCCAAAUUUGAAAAUCUAACUCUUACUGUGAAUCGAUUGUCUGGGCCAAUUCCAACAUACUUGGGAAAUAUAACGUCUCUUGUAUAUUUAAGCUUGGAGAACAAUAUGUUCAAUGGAACCGUUCCACCCGAGCUUGGGAAACUUUCAAACUUACAGAAUCUCAUUCUGAGUGCUAAUAAUCUCACAGGUGAAUUGCCAAAAGAACUUUAUGCUCUCACAAAUUUGACAGAACUUAGACUCAGUAGUAAUAACUUCACCGGGACACUGCCUAGCUUUCAGAGUUGGAAAAACCUUCAAAAAUUAGAGCUUCAAGCGAGUGGUUUUGAGGGGCCCAUACCCGAAAGUAUUUCUGUACUUAAAAGUUUGAUAGAACUUAGAAUCAGUGACCUAAAUGGAGGUGGAGGCUCCCGAUUUCCUACAUUAAUAAACAUGCCAGGCAUGAUAAAGUUGAUGUUGAGGAGUUGUAAUAUUUCUGGGACGAUACCUAACAUAGCUUAUAUGAGAGGCUUGCAAUAUCUAGAUUUGAGUUUCAAUAAUCUAGAAGGAGGGAUUGAUGGUCUUCAAGAUCUUGCUAAAGUGCAAUUCAUGUAUCUUACGAAUAACUCACUUAGUGGACCGAUUCCUCAGUGGAUUCUAAGUCAAGAUUCCAGACAUGACAUCGAUCUUUCCUAUAAUAAUUUUGAUGAAAGCUCAGUGCCAACAAAUUGUCGGGAAACCCUAAAUUUGUUCAAAAGCUAUAAGGCUGGAGAAAGUUCAGAUGCUGCAAAGUGUUUUCUGCAAUGUUCGAAGGAUUGGUAUUCAAUUCACAUCAAUUGUGGCGGGGGCAAUGUUUUGAUUGGUGACACUACAUAUGACGCAGAUGAAGAUUCCACUGGCUUCACGAAAUUUGUUCCCACUAGAGAGAACUGGGUAACGAGUAGUACAGGGGUCUUUUGGGAUAGAAAUAAAACACUGCUCGACUAUACAGCAAAAAAUAAAUCUGUCAUCGAGGGAAAUGACCCUCAACUCUACCAGACAGCUCGCUUGUCUCCUUUAUCUCUGACUUAUUAUGGACGGUGUUUAGCGAAUGGAAACUAUACCGUGAAACUUCACUUUGCAGAGGUAGUUAUGAGAGAUAAUAGAUCGUUUCAAAGCCUUGGAAGACGCGUAUUCGAUGUUUAUAUACAGGGUGAAAGGAAAUUAAAAGAUUUCGAUAUUGAAACCGUUGCACAAGGAGUCGAUAAAGCCUUGGUUGAACAAUUUCGAGCAGUAGUCAAAGAUAAAACUCUAGAGGUGCGCUUUGAGUAUGCUGGGAAAGGAACAACAGCGGUCCCGAGUAGAGGAACAUAUGGCCCUUUAAUAUCUGCCAUUUCUGUGGAAUCUGAUUUCAAGCCUCCUCACAAGAGAAAGACUUUAAUUAUAGCUGUUGCACUAGCUUCUUCUUUAUUUCUUAUUUUCACAAUUCUCUGUUUUGCUUGGUGGAAAAUCUACAUCAGAAAAAAGACCUCACAAGAAAACGAACUACAAAGUCUUGAUCUACGAACGGGUCUAUUUACCUUAAGACAAAUUAAAGCCGCUACAAACAACUUUGAUGCUGCAAAUAAGAUUGGGGAAGGUGGUUUUGGGCCCGUAUACAAGGGUACACUAUUGGAUGGUACAAUUAUUGCUGUGAAACAACUCUCAUCCAUAUCAAGACAAGGAAACCGUGAAUUUUUGAAUGAAAUAGGCAUGAUUUCUUGUUUACAACACCCUAAUCUUGUGAAACUUUAUGGGUGUUGUGUUGAGGGAAGACAACUGUUGUUGGUGUAUGAGUACAUGGAAAACAACAGCCUUGCUCAUGCUCUUUUUGGUCCCGAAGAGUGGCAACUGAAAAUAGAUUGGUCUACCAGACAAAAAAUCUGUGUUGGCAUCGCAAAAGGUUUAGCUUUCCUCCACGAAGAAUCAGCAUUAAAAAUUGUUCAUAGGGACAUUAAAGCCACCAAUGUGCUUCUUGACAAAGAACUCAAUCCAAAAAUUUCUGACUUUGGCCUAGCUAAACUUGCCGAUGAUGGGAAUACACACAUCAUUACAAGAGUUGCGGGGACAAUAGGAUAUAUGGCUCCUGAAUAUGCAAUGUGGGGCUACUUAACAGACAAAGUUGAUGUUUAUAGUUUUGGAGUGGUAGCAUUGGAAAUUGUUGCGGGAAAGAACAACAUGAAGUAUCGUCCUAAUGAGAACUACGUUUGCCUUCUUGAUUGGGCACUUGUUCUUCAAAGAAAAGGAAAUCUAAUGGAGCUAAUAGAUCCAAGAUUGGGUUGUGAUUUCAACAAAGAACAAGCAAUCAGAAUGAUCAAAGUGGCUUUGCUUUGUACUAAUCCUUCUCCAGUCCUAAGGCCAUCCAUGUCUGCCGUAGUCGGCAUGCUUGAAGGCCAUGAUGAUAUUCUUGAGUACAAUUUCGAUCUUCACGAAUUCAAUUUUGAAGUAAUGAGGGACGGUUAUGAUGAAAUGCCAGUCGGCUCGAGUACAUCUUCCAACAAAGUAGAAUUUUCUUCCUAAGCAAAUCAAUGAUAUACCAUUAUCAUUAAUGAGUUAA